AUGUCGAUGCUAAAUUCAUGGAAGCUCCGUGCCUCCAGCGCACGCCACUUUGCCACAUCGGCGGCCCUUCGCCGGGGCCAGAACCUAACCGAGAAAAUCGUGCAGAAAUACGCCGUGGGCCUUGCUCCCGGGAAGCAGGUAUUCAGUGGGGACUAUGUAACCAUCAAGCCUGCGCACUGCAUGUCACAUGACAACUCGUGGCCUGUGGCUACCAAGUUCAUGGGCUUGGGUGCCUCGAAAGUCAAGGACAACCGCCAGAUUGUGUGCACGUUGGACCACGACGUGCAGAACAAGACGGAGAAGAACUUGGAAAAGUACCGCAAUAUCGAGAACUUUGCAAAGGAGCAAGGCAUCGACUUCUAUCCCGCAGGCCGAGGCAUUGGCCACCAGAUCAUGAUAGAGGAGGGAUAUGCUUUCCCCAUGAACUUGAGUGUGGCGUCUGACUCCCAUUCGAACACAUACGGUGGAAUUGGUGCUUUGGGAACCCCAAUUGUGCGCACGGAUGCGGCGUCCAUCUGGGCCACGGGCCAGACCUGGUGGCAAAUUCCACCUGUGGCCAAGGUCGAACUCACGGGCGAGUUGCAGAAGGGCGUCACAGGAAAGGACGUGAUUGUGGCCCUCUGUGGUAUCUUCAACAAAGACGAGGUUCUCAACCAUGCGAUCGAGUUUGUGGGUGACGGUGUCAAGAAAUUGCCCGUCGACUACAGAUUGACCAUCGCCAACAUGACUACGGAAUGGGGCGCGUUGUCGGGCCUUUUCCCCGUCGAUGAGGUCUUGGUUGACUUCUACAAAGACAGGCUCACCAAAUUGCCGCAACCACACCCACGUGUCAACCCAGAGACCGUAGCGAACUUGGAGAAGAAUCUUGUGGCCUCUGACGCCGAUGCUGUGUACGCCAAGAACUUGACCGUGGACUUGUCUUCCCUCUCGCCUUACAUUUCGGGCCCAAACUCCGUGAAAGUGUCCAACUCACUUUACGACUUGGUCCAACAGGAUAUCAAGAUCAACAAGGCCUACUUGGUAUCGUGCACGAACUCGAGACUCAGUGAUAUCAAGGCUGCUGCCGAAAUCAUCAAAGGCCACAAGGUGGCCGCCGGAGUCGAGUUCUAUGUGGCUGCAGCCUCUUCAAACGUGCAGAAAGACGCAGAGACUGCUGGUUACUGGAAAGACAUCUUGGACGCAGGCGCAAUGCCGCUUCCUGCCGGAUGCGGGCCAUGUAUUGGGUUAGGAAAAGGCUUGUUGGAGGACGGGGAAGUCGGCAUUUCCGCCACCAACAGAAACUUCAAGGGCCGCAUGGGCUCGAAGGAUGCCUUGGCAUACUUGGCUUCUCCCGAGGUGGUUGCCGCCUCUGCUGUUUUAGGCAGAAUCGGAGGGCCCGAAGAAUUAGCCGGCAGACCAGUCAAGGCCAAUGAGGAGAUUGUCAAAUCACUCGACAUCACCGCACCUGAAGUUUCUGGAGACGCCGAGUCGGCUGUCGAGGUCUUGGAUGGAUUCCCAAAAUCAAUCGAAGGUGAGUUGAUCUUGUGCGACGCUGACAACAUCAACACCGACGGCAUCUAUCCUGGUAAAUACACAUAUCAGGACGACAUUUCCAAGGAGAUGAUGGCUGAGGUGUGCAUGGAAAACUACGACGCCGAAUUCAAAGACAAGACCAAGUCUAGCGAUAUCAUCAUUUCUGGCUACAACUUUGGCACCGGUUCUUCAAGAGAACAAGCUGCCACGGCCAUAUUGGCGAAAGGAAUGAAAAUGGUUGUCGCUGGAUCUUUCGGAAACAUUUUCUCGAGAAACUCUAUCAACAACGCUUUAUUGACUUUGGAGAUCCCUGCGCUCAUCAAUAUGCUCAGAGAAAAGCACCAAGGCUCUAACGAAUUGACCAUUCGCACUGGCUGGUUCUUGAAGUACGACGUGACUAAGGCCCUUGUUACUGUGUCAGAUUCAAAGGGCAACGUUGUUUUACAGCAAAAAGUGGGAGAGUUGGGCACGAAUUUACAGGACAUCAUUGUCAAGGGCGGUCUUGAGGGCUGGGUUAGGUCGGAGCUUGCCCAAGAGAACUGA